CUUGAUAUGGAUAGAUAAAUUAUAUUAUCAAUGAAAAUAUGAAAUGAUAUUUAUUUGACUCAGAACAAGUGAAAUUAAGAAAAUGAUUUUUCUACUAUUUCUGUACCCUUUAUUAGUGCCACAAGUGCAAAGUUUGAAAUAUGACAUAGUUUCCGAUUAUAGUGUUGAUGAUUGUCUGAUGGUGGAUAAUAAUGAUAAACAAAAUUAUUUCGGUAUUGAUGCGGACAAGUUUCCUUACUGCUCUAAAUAUAAAGCAUUAACGACUUGCGAUCCAACAGAUAGUAAAUCUUGUCCGCCAGGUUUAAAAUGCGGAGAUUCAGGAGAAUGUGAGGUAGAUACUAACUCAUGUUUCAAAUAUUACGCCAAUGUACAAGGGAAUGAAAACAUACAAAAACUUUUGUGGACACCUGAUUGUUCGGGGGAUGGAUCUUGGGCCCCAAAACAGUGUAAAGGAGGAAGUGCAGGAAGAUGUUUCUGCUAUGAUAUGAAGGGACAAAGAAUUUUUGGAGAUUCAUUCAAUGAAAAUAGUGUCAAUAUGACUUGUGCGUGUAGUCGAAGAAAGGCUGAACUACUUGAUAGUUCAAACCCCAACAGAAGGACAUACGUAAGUUUUCACUGUGAUUAUCAAGGAAACUAUGAAGAAUUGCAAUGCGAUAGUGGACAUUGCUGGUGUGUCGAACCUAAAACCGGAAGACCUAUAUCUAUGAUUGUUCCAGAAAAAUCAAUGAAGUAUUUGCCAUGUUCUAAAACCCUUCAAGGUUCUCAGUACCUGAGAAAAUGUGAAUCCCAGGCUUAUGCUCAAACAAAAAUAAUAGAGAUAAUGAAAAGACAUGGCACUUCUUCACCCAACAUUCAAGUUGUAGCAUGUGGUAAUGACGGUAGUUAUGGACCUUAUAAAAUACAAAACCCUUCAAUCUAUUGUGUGAAAAGAAAUAACGAAAAAAUGUCCUACCAUCAAGAUAUAACAAAUUUGAGAGAUAUUAAUUGUAAUUGUGCUCAUGAUUCAGAUUUAUAUGAUCGUUUAGGUAAACCAUUCACAUUAGUCUGCCAAGACAAUGGUAACUAUGUUCCACUUCAAAGAAUAGUUGAAGAUAAUAAAGUUAAGAGAUUUUGUGUAGACAGUGAUGGAAACAAAAAAGUGGAUAGUGUAGAUGAGAAAGAAAAUGAUGAAUAUUGUAAAAAAUUCUAUGAUUAAAUCAAAUAACACUUU